AUCAAAUGCAAACCAUUCCUCUACAAGCGAUCUGGAUUCCUAAUCCCCUAAAUUUGCUACUUCAACAAGUACUAAGAUGUGUUUUCGUUUCUGGGUUGUCUGUUCCCAACAAGAUCAUGGUCGCUCUCGUGGCGGUUUUCGUAACGCAGAGGAUCCGGGAUGAGGCUCAGACGCCACGCGAUCGGAACGGACGGCCUGGAAACAAUAACAGACUUCCUCUUCUAAGAACAAACACUAAAGCCACCAAGUGGCCGACGUAGAAUCACAAUCAUAGAACUACUUAAACGUUUUUUGAGCAACGAACAACAAGUGAUUUUUCUGCUGCUGUAUUUCAAGGGGAUACGACCUGCAGGCGCAUAUUCAGGUCGAGAAAUUAUGAUUACAAGGGGAGGAAACAAAGUGAUGAUCGAGGCAUUGCGACGAGAGAUGGAGGUGCACUUCGCAGUCGCACACGAUGAUAGAAGGCCUUCGCGGAGGUUUCUCGAUCUCGUGACCGCUAGAAGUGAACUCUGCAUCAAUACAACUAGACGAAUUACUAGUACGACAAGUAGAACACAAAGGAAUAGUUGUAGGAGAACAAGUAGAAGCCCCAGAAGAGCAACGCGUACGCGGGAGAGGAGACGACGCGGGAAGUCGAGGGCUGCGACAAUGAUGUUUCUGCCGCCGGAUAGUAGAGAAAAAAACACGUGCAAGAGCAAGUCCGCGUUGAGCGGUCUGGACGAACCUCGGAGGACUCCCACGACCUCCAUCGAAAAUUACUACAUCUUCAACAUGAUCAGGUAUAUUAGUAGUUUCAACUUUCAUGAUUUGAGAAAGUGUUGUACUCGCAGGACCACAGCGACGAAACCACGACCCAGAUGCAGCACUUCCAUGUGGUCCCUCUUCUUUUAUCCACUCGUAGUACCUUUGAUGAGUUUCUGCGUUCUUUGCACCGAAGCACGGCUCGUCUCGACGUCGAGGACCACUCAAGCACAUGCACAGAGGACUCAAGCACAUGCGGAGGCAAAGGGUAUUCAUGAAAUUUUAGCUUGGCCCAGUGGAUUUCGAUGGGCGGCUAUGGGCACUCGAACAGAGCAGUUGGAACUCAAAAAGAGCAUGGCCACCACGAGUUCAGUCCUUGGCAACUAUUCGACUUUCAAUGGUCCACAAAAUGCGGCCGAUGGGGUACUUAAAUAAGAAAGUUUUCAUCGGGUCGUAGGAUUUGCUACUUCUUAAGAUCAUCCCGUGUGAUUUCCAUUUCGUUUCGUCUUUCGUUUGUAUCUAUUUCUCCUUAUCUGAUUCGAUAUAAUGGUAAUGUUUUUGUUGAACAUAUUGUCAAAAAUGAAUUAAGACGGAAUAUUUUCAUCAAGCUUCUCACUUCUGCUUCUCACGUCGACCACAUCGAGGAAAGAAUAGUGACAUCAACAAGCCAAUGAAAGUGUUUGACUCCAUCAGGUCUUAUAUCAAGCUGGUGGAAUCCAAAAUUUUUUAGUGCAGAGCAACGGUCCAGAUAAUCCUGUUCGAAGUGCUCGGACCCGGAGGGAGUAUUUUCCAUACCUCCAAAUAGACCUGGGCAAGAACAUGGUGAUAGAAAGCGUGGAACUUUACUUACGGGUACCGCCAGCCCACCUUUUGCCGCAUUUUUUAGCCGUUUCCCACUCGGAAAAUGCUAAAGGAUCUUUAACUAGAUGGGUAGUUGUCGGUGCCUCUAAUUCACUCCCGUGACAAGAAGUGCGCCAGUCGCUUCUUCUACACUGCAGGAGGAACUGACGCGCCCGAACUACCUUAAGACGAGCAUCUUGAUCUUCGUUGAUGAUUAUCAUUGUUUCUACAAGUAAUCGUGGUACUAGUACUUCUCUGUAGAGGUUCUCCAUGCGGAGGAAGGCUAUUACCAGGGGUGGAGAACAAGAUGAAAGCUUGUUCUUCUAACAUUCCGAAACAGCCUCUGAAAAUACCACAGCGAACGGCACAAACAACGUGACGACAGCGGCGCCGCGCACUAUGAUGGUAUGAAAGUAGCUGUUUUUAGAGUGCAGUGUUUCAGUGUUUUAGUCAUGGCACUUUUCGAACGCAUAAAAGUUCACAACUUCACAAACUUUCAUAUUGAUUCUUUGAGAGGUCAUCUCCUGAGAGGUCAUCUCCCUGUGGAGGUAGAACUCACGAUCCCAUUUGAGUAUGAGUACUCGAUACUUUUUCAAUGUUGCUGAAAUAAACAUUGGAAUUGGCUUCCCUCGCUCUCUCACCCCACGACACUUUUCAUGUAAAGUGGAUGAAGAUGCAGAUUGUGUUGUCGACUGGGAAGCCAAUGCAGCUACUGUAGUCGGUCUUUCCAAUACGCCAUGUCUCCCAAGCAUCGCUUCAGAUGAGGAGCCGUCACCCUACGAGGCACGAGGGUGUCAAGGGUAACUAAGUUCUUAUUCCAGUUGUGUUGAUUCAUGUUGAUGUUGCUAUUCUAGUUCUACUAGUUAUAAUAGUAGAAAUUCCUCGGCUUGGGAGUCCUCGGAUCCACUGCUUUCUGUUUCCAGUAGUUGUUGACGUGGUGGGAAAAAGAGUCGGGUAACAACGCGGUAAAGAUCGUUCUCUAACUCUAAAAUGUUUGUACUAAUUCCCCGACCACCAGGUAUGUCGCGGUACUUCCAGAGGAUGAGGUUGGUCCGACGAAUGUAGGUUCAUCCAUAAUGCAGAGUCAUAAUUUAAGGCUUCCCACAUUGCAUUCUGCACGUGCGUCAUUGACUUUUCGAGAGAAGAAAAGACGUCGCGGAUGUUCUAAAGAAUGCAAUGCUCAAGUAGUCUCUAAAGAAAGCUAGUGGAAAUUCUUCAAAUUCUACUAACACUUCCGCCGGCAUCGUUUUCCAAGUGAUUCAGCAGCAACUGGCGUUGAAUCAAGCGAAAACGCGGGUCCUAGGACCAUCUAAAUGGCAUCCCGUAGACGUAAAAGCGGCAUCACGAGGACUGGAGGAAGGCGGAUCGACAGAGAGAGCUGGAGCCAGUUCUGCUAGCGGUAGCGCGAGCGCAGUGCCUGAUCUUGUCGUGAAUCUUAACGAGAAGCAUCAAAGCUCUGUACUGAAUCGACCAUCGGACUCCGUGAGCCGUCAUGGGUACCCCAGACGCCGGAGAGGCGGGGACGCAGACGUAGCUUUCGUAGGACGCAAGCGAAAAAUGAAAAAAGACCUUGCAAAACGAAGGAAGCAGGUGAAAAUGAGCCCAUCGCUAUUCGAAUUGGACUACUCUCCAUCUUACAUGCCGCAAUAUCCCCCCUACAAUUAUGGUCGGAUUUUAUCCAUCUUUCUCGGCAUCUUGGUGCCCUUUUUCCCUGUAGUCCCAUGAAAUACAAGGGCAACGGGAUCAAGAUGGGACGAGGAGCAAGAUGAAUAAAGGCCGACUCUAAUACAACUUGUCCAGUUUCGUCAGCGAUAUCCCAGUCCCAGGGUCCAUCUUCGCGGAACGUGUUGGAAAUUUUCGGGUCACCAAACACAACAAUUACCUCUGCGAGCGGGCUUUUAUACAUUUAUGAAUGUUGAAGAUCUGCGUGUGAAAAUUACACAAUGUGAAUAGCACCCUACCCCUAGUCUGUUCCUACUCCUCAAGGAUGAAAGAUGAAGAGUUUAGCAGUGACUUUGACUUUUGGUGAAUAAGUUUAGCUCAAUUUUUUACUUUCAUCGAUCUUGGUCGUUAGAGUUAGUCAGUUGUCACUGUACUACUAAAAAGAUAGAUCAUCACUUUCAACACUGGCUUCAGUAAACCGUUUUUGCACUUCUACGUAUGAUCCAGCAGUUAUUGUUUUCAACGUCAUACAGCCUCUCCUGGGUAAACCAUGAUCACUGUGAAACGCCUAAGAACCCCAUUCAUGACACUCAAACUCGACCCGGCUCGAAAUGCAAGGCACAGCAAGGGACUCUUUCGUCAAGUUCUCCGUUUUUUGUGACUACCACGUUGGUCGAUACCUCUGGGUAGAGCUGCCUCCGUCAAAGGGACCUUUCAAUAGCCACAGUUAAGUACCAGUGUAUCUAAUGCCUAUAAUAUUUUGUUUCUACUAGGAGUAGGACUACGACUUGGUGGAAGAUCCUGAGACAAUGACGAAUAAGAGACGGCUUAAAAAAGGAUCAGGAUGAAUUUUUAACUGUCUUCAUGGAGAUUUCUAAUAGAGCGGGAAGCGAGAGUUGGGAAUAAGAGAAGUGAAAGUCAACGGUUACGACUUUUUCAAUAGUGCAGCAGUGGCAGACGCACUCGAAGCUGUGGUUAUGCUUUUGGAUUCGUUGUAAUUCUGACUGGCCUAAUACAGUGGAUCUGCAUGAUGGGCGUAAACGAGGUCGUACCAUAACAUAAAGUAAGUAAAGCAACCGGUUCGUUUUUACCUCUAGCGUGUAACCCUUCCAACAACAUAAAGUAAGUAAAGCAGAGAGGCACUUCCUUACUCUAAGUUGCGCAAUCUGCUCAACAGCGUGGAUGUCCUGGACUAUGCACCGUCCAAUGGCACAAACAGCAAGGGAGGUCUAACUCGGCAAGAUUUCUGCAGGCUGUAUUCGGCAGAGGGCUGUCAGGCAUUGAAAGAUGCUCUGAUAAAGUUAUGGUGGACUUGGUGAGGUCGAUCUCAAGUAUACUAUAAGAACAUGUAGUAUAUUGGAGAUUGAUAUAGGAGAUAACCUAACCUAACCUAGGAGGUAGUCGGUGAUAGGGAUAGACGAUCCAAGCUCACGCUUUCUCGUCGAGGGCGGAAACUUCUGAUAGACAGGUUCUUCACACGAGAUUCCAUACAGAGCAAAGAGUUUUUGCCAUGAAAGACCUUCUAACCGGUUGUUAACUUUCUCCUCGUCGUGGGUCUAGGACUAGGUACUCCCAUCAUCAGGCAUUUCUCCCAUCUAACAUGCACACUCUCCAAGGGUUCGGGUGGCUAUAUGCUCAACUCCGCAUUAGUGGAUAUAGCUGGAUCAUUUCAGCACAUAGUGAAUGGAGCUAAUGUGACCUUAAGAGCUAUAUUAAGGAGUUACUUAAACUUAAUUUAGAUGAACAAUUGCAAUAAUUUCGACCUCAGUUGAUCAGAACGGUUAGGGUCGUAACGCUAACUGGUAGGUGCUGUUCCUCUAGUAUGCUUUUCGUGAUCAAUGACAGGAGUGAUAUUAUUAUUAUAAUAAUAUCACUUUUUGUAUUUCACAAUUUAUAUUUCGCAAUUUUUUGUACUUCACAACUAGCCUCCACAAGCUUCGCCCGGCUUCAAAUUAAUCGGCACUUUUCUGCCUCCCACGGGCUACCGCUAGAGUAGAGACAGCCCGCGGCAGAGCUAGAGUAGUAUUUUUUUUGUAAUGUUUUAGCACUAUCAACUUAAAACAAUUUCUAUUAUUUUCGGAAUACUGAUCUGGGCAUCAUACCAUACCAUGUGAUUUUUGGGCUGUCCUCGUCACCAUCCUCAAAAAAGUUACUCACUUCUAGUUCUAAUUUCGGGCGCGGAUGGUAUGACCAGCGAGCAAAAAGAGGUUUCCGAUGCCCUGCAAAAAGUGGAUCGAGUUUUGUCUUUUCUUGACACCGUUAACGUUUGUUAUGAAGCGAGCAGUGUCUGUACUAUUUCUCAGGAUCGGACUCAGUCUCCAAUCUAACUUCGUUCGCACGAAAUUAGGUACAUACCAGCUCCUGUCCAUAAUUUCAAUUUGUUCCUCAUCCACGUGUAAAGACGAUAUUAUAUUUAUUAUAUACAACCUUCAAAAAUCUAUGAAUUUCAUCUUUCGGCCACGGAAUCAGGCAGCUUAGGUUGCCACGUGGUUCGUCAGGAGCAGCGAGGGAAUGAAUUAAGUACUUAUUACUUCUCCUCUUCUAAUCACCUUCGACGAAGUAUAUUGGUACCUAUUACUGCUCAUACAAUGGUCCCAAGUGGGGCAACGGAAUGGCGGAUAACGACAUGGCCGACUUCGUUACUCAUGUGGAAUCAGAAGGCGGUUUCGCUCAACUGCAAAGCACUUUUCGGGUUGUCUUAAGGGUCAGUGGAAGUGUAUCUAUAUAGGUACGUGCGUAGUAUCACUUCUUGGUAAUGGUAGCUUACACUAGAUUUUACUAAAAAGACUUAUGUUUUUUCACGCAAGAAAUAGCAAUACUAGAAUUAAAAAGUGAAAGAUGGUUCGGAUGUAUCUCCCAGUCCCUAUUCGCAAUAGAAUUACUUAGUUUAAAAAGAUCAAGUUCGGACGAUAAUCCUGAUUCUCAACCUUCACACGAGGCAGAUUUUCUCUCAGGGAAGAUGAGUGGGAAUGCUUAUAAUGCGCUAAUAAUCGAACAGUUCAUGUCACCGAUUACAGGAGCAAACGUAACUGCGAACAAGACGAUCUAUUACUAGAUCACGCACUCUGUUUCGCAUACUUCAGCAAGAGGGGAUUUACGGUACGACUAGGUCAAGGUCCACUGAAGAUGGCGUCCGGUACUGGUCCUCUGGGUCGUUCUAUUUGUAAUGUUCGAAAUCUUCGAGUAAUCCUGGUGUUGUUACAAGAAAUACCAUCAAGAAAUCUCAUUUUUGUUUCGUCUGGUCAGUUGCAUCGAAGACUUUCUAGCAAAUGAAUCACUUACGUGUACUACUUAGCAGUUUAAUCAUUUAGCAACUCCAAAAAUUCCUUCGAGAGACGUGCUCAAUCAGAGUUUCCCCUAUGAAUUUACCAUUCCAGUCUUUUUCGUUUUCUGAGUUUCUUACGCUUUUCUGCAAUGAAUUUCGAUACAAGAUAGAAGUCCUCUCGAUUGAUACCUCAUGGACCUAAUGUUGAUAUUCAAUGCGCAUUUAAUGUCAUGUACUUAGUGAGUCCGACGCUGGGGCAAAAAAGAGUAAAGUCGUGUCCCCUCCUCCACUCGUACCUAAUGUACGUUACUUUCUUUGGAAGGUUUGGUUUCAUUUGUUUUUGUUCUGUUUCCUAGAUAAAAGAUCUCUUCGGCCAUAUUGUUCCGCCUGUACAGACGGAACACAAAAUACUUAUGCAUCGUGAAGUCGUUCGAUUAUAUGUUGCAUAGACGUUAUCGAAUAUGUCGUGUAUAGAAAUAGACAGCGACUAAAUACACGACAGGGCGUCUGAUAUGAUAAGACUCCACCGGCAGUUAUGGAACACAAGUGAUCAGGGAGAUUGACCAUAACCACGCAAAGAAUGGCAUCUACCUAGUUUAUCUCACAAGUAGUAGACUCCCAUCCAAUUCCUCAUGCACAGAUUGCUUCUGAUAUUUCGUACAUCGUUGUAUCGGACAGCGAACCAAAUCCUAUCUUACCCGUUGCACAUCGAUGUCUAUAUCAAUAUCAUAAUGUGAAUCCAGAUUUGUCGUCUAUUAGUUUCUUUUGACUUUCCAUCCUGUGCCCGAACGGGGGGUUUUACAAUAUCAAGUACAACCACGAUCGGGAAACUUCCUACCGCGUCGUCGCUGAAUGGAAAAACAACCGGUCACUUUUCCCUGUAUUCUUAGGCUUAUCCUACCACGCCAAGUAUGGCACUGAC